AAAUACACGAAAUAAAAAGAAUUUAAACACAACAGCAUUUUUAAAAAGUCAUUCGACUAGUUUUAACAAAAUAAAGGGGAGCCACAUGUUAACCAACUUUAAAGCACACCUGCUGGCGCUCACCUGUUUGGUCGCUUAGAGAUAAAGAUGAUGAGGCCCCAAACAAAAGUCGCUCUUCUUUGGCAUGUUUGUACCAGCAAUGAGGCCGCUCGCAGCGCCCGGUGGAAGGGCAGGUGAGCCGGGAGAAACGGCCGAACGACGGGAACAUCACUCCACGAACCCUGGCCGGCUUUUUGGACCGACGACAACGACGAGCGGGUCUGACGGACCCAAGCUGCGUGUGACGAUGAGGUGGAGGAUGAAAACGAGUGGAAGCAAGAUUUAAAGGAUUCGCCAGUUGCUGUUUCUGGCACCUUAGACCUCCUGAAGACCACGACGCCUGCACACAGAGUCAUUUUGCAUUUUGACCUGGAUUGCUUCUAUGCUCAGGUGGAGAUGUUAAGAAACCCAGCAUUGAGAGACGUCCCUCUAGGUGUUCAGCAGAAGUACAUCAUCGUCACCUGCAACUACGUGGCGAGGCAGCAGGGCGUCACCAAACUCAUGUCUGUCACUGAUGCGAAGGAGAAGUGUCCUCAGCUGGUGCUGGUGAAAGGAGAAGACCUGACCCACUACAGAGAAAUGUCCUAUCAAGUAACAGAUCUGUUGCUGUCGUUCAGUCCAUUGGUGGAGAGGCUUGGCUUGGACGAGAACUACGUGGACAUCACAGAGAUGAUACAGAGGAGGCUGGCACACGCGCCGCUGUCCAGUUUUUCAUUUAAAGGUCACGUAUACAACGCCUCAGGUGCAGCUGCAGAUGCUAAAGCUAGCAGUCAUCCAGAGUUGGCUCUGGGGUCGCACAUCGCCGCUGAGCUGAGAGAGGCCAUUCACAGCCGACUGGGCCUAACCGGUUGUGCCGGCAUCGCCGCCAACAAGUUGUUGGCCAAACUGGUGUCGGGCACGUUCAAACCCAACCAGCAAACCACACUGCUGCCGGAGAGCGUUGAUGACAUCAUGGGUGCCCUGAGCGGCCUCCGGAAUAUACCAGGGGUUGGUCGCCAAACCGCCAAGAUGCUUCAAGCCCUGGGCUUGGUCAACGUCCGAGACUUACAGCUCUUCCCUCUGACUAACCUGGUGAGAGAAUUCGGAGCUCCGACUGCAACACGUCUGAAGAAUCUAUCGCUCGGCGUGGAUGAUUCUCCCGUCACUCGCACCGGACCCCCCCAGUCUCUCAGCGAUGAAGAUUCCUUCAAGAAAAUGUCAUCUGCUAAAGAAGUGAUGGAAAAGUCCGAGCAGCUCCUGAGCAGCCUGGUGGAGAGGAUGCGCAAAGAUGGCAGGCGGCCUCACACCUUCCGACUCACCAUCCGUAAAUACUCGGCAACCAACAAGUGGUACAGCCGGGAGAGCCGUCAGUGUCCCAUCCCCCUCCAUAUCGGACAGAAGAUCACCAAUGCCAGCAGCGACGACGCGGUGGUCCAGCUGGUCUCCUUAGCCAUGAAGCUCCUCUCCAAAAUGGUGGACACCAAAGCGGCCUUCCACCUGACCCUCAUCAACGUGUGCUUCAGCAACCUGCAGACCAGCGGGCGGGGCUCCAUCACGUCUUUCUUUGCACACGACUCCUCACCCAAAACACAGAUAAGUGUCUCGUCUCACCCAGACCCUAGCUGCAGUGGCCCCCAGGACAACUCCUCAUCUGGUGGGAGAGAACUGGGUGCAGAUCAUCGUCUCGGCACACCCAGCGUAACGACUCCAGUGAAGACCACAAGGAGCCCGCCGCGCUGCCACACAGCAACGCUCGGGGCCAAAACUAAACAGAGCACUUCUGUCCCGUCGAAAGCGUCCCAUCCUGUCACGUCACCCAGCAGCACCACAUGUCGGGACCACGACGACACCGCUAUCACUGUGACACAUCCGUUGCCUCCCAAUGUUGACCCAGACGUCUUUGGCCUCCUCCCUGUGGAAAUCCAAAAGGAGAUUUUAUCCGAGUCACCCCAGAGCACCUAUCAGCCGCGCCCCCUUCCUCCCAAGCCUCGCUUAACGCUGCUCCCAACUUCCCGAAAUAUAAACAAUACAGAGGAAGCAAUUGGAACGUGUGACGGAGGCGCCACGCCGCAUCAGCAGCAGCCUCCGGGCGGCAGCGCACUUCCAAGAGAAACCGUCAUGGAAGAAAAGAGGCUAUCAUCUGACUGCGAGCUGCCAGUGAACGUGGACCCCAAAGUGUUCUCCGAGCUGCCAGCUGACCUUCAGACGGAGCUGAUGACUGAAUGGAAGCGGCAGAAGCCGCUUCUGAAGGUCCCUGCGGCCAAGAAAGCUGCCAGAGAGACCAAAGGUGGAGGAAGGAAAAGCCAGGCAAACAGUUUGUUGAAGUAUUUUAAGCACACGUAGGAAUAAUACAGCAUUUUGGUGAGAAUCUGGAUAAAAGUGAUGUCCCAAAGGAAGAGGUUUCAGUUCAAACUCUUCUUCAGGUUGCUUACAACUUCAGGCAAGUCCACUGAUUCAUUGGUCAACUGGAACAAGACACCUAUGGGACCUUAUUUAUUGUUUUGUUUAUGUUAUGUUCGCGACUAAUAAAGCAGAAUAAUAAAAAAAUCUAAAGUUACAUGAAUACAAACAAGCAAUAUGGUGUUAAUGGAUGUUAAUGCUGAGUGCGGAACUGUAAGAUUUUUUAGUUUGAAGCAGUUUAUUGUGAACAAGCAUAAAAGUGAAAUAGGCUGUUCAUCAGCUGAUCAAACCAAUAAGACCGUAGCCCUCAACAAAAAAGGAGUCGGUAACGAGUAGCUACGCCAUUUUUGUGAAUCACCAUCAAAAUGGCUUGGGGCGUGCUUGAUGCAGUGUUUCCAGGAGGCUAGUGGGAAGAUGGCUUCAUGGAGGGCCUCCACUGGAGGCCUCUGGAGCUGAUAAACUUCCCUUUCCAUCCUUCCCCAUGUGUUUGGAUCUAGAUCAGCGGAACACACAAGAUGGUCCAGUCAGCUU